GCGCGCGGGCCGGAAGCGGCGCGUACUUCCGUUUGUGGCGGCUCGCGGCACCAUGGAGGCCGCAGCCGAACGGCGACGGGAGCGGCGGCGGCGGGAGGUGGCAGUGAAGGCCGAGAAGCGGAGCCCGCGGCGGUCCGGUUCCCGUUCGGCGCGUGGCAGCCAAUCGCCGCCGGCCGAGGAGCGGCGGGGCAGCCGCGGCAGGAGCAGCAGAUCGCCCAAAAGGAAGAGCAAGUCCGGCCGGAGGAGCAAAUCUCCGCGCGGCAGGCGGAGCCGGAGUCCGCAUCACGGGGCUGUGAGGGUAAAGCAGGAACGAGAUGACCAUCCUCGUAGAGGAAACGAGGAGCGAAAGCAGAGACACGCAUCAGAGCAGGAACACAGGAGAGACAGAAGCGGUGAGAGAGACAGGCACAGAGAUCACUCAGACAGGAGGAAAAAUCCAAGUGAAAGGCCUGGGGGUCGAGGCCACGAGCGAGAGAGAGAUGUUCAGAACAUCCGUGAGCAGCAAGCGGAGAGGGAGUUCUAUAAUGAGAAAAGACGAGAGCAUCGACAGAAUAACGAGAGCAGCGGUCUCGACCAGAAUCCAGAACACAGGCAAUCUGAUAAUAAACCAAAAGAUAAAGCUGUAAACAAAGAAAAACCGAGCUUUGAACUGUCUGGUGCCCUUCUGGAGGAUACCAACACUUUCCGAGGCGUCGUGAUCAAGUACAGCGAGCCCCCAGAAGCUCGGAUUCCAAAGAAACGAUGGCGCCUUUAUCCUUUCAAAAAUGAUGAGUUCCUGCCAGUCAUGUACAUUCACAGGCAGAGUGCUUAUCUGCUGGGCAGGCACCGCAGGAUAGCAGAUAUCCCCAUCGACCAUCCCUCCUGCUCCAAGCAGCACGCUGUGUUCCAGUACCGGCUUGUGGAGCACACUCGUGCCGACGGCACAGUUGGCCGCAGAGUGAAGCCGUAUAUCAUCGACCUUGGCUCUGGCAAUGGUACUUUUCUAAACAACCAGAGGAUUGAGCCGCAGCGUUACUACGAACUGAAGGAGAAGGACGUACUGAAAUUUGGAUUCAGCAGCAGGGAGUAUGUUCUCCUCCACGAAUCUUCAGAUAAAUCUGAGGCCAACGCAAAGGACGAUGACGAAGAGGAGGAGAAGGAGGAAGAGUCUGACAGUUAACAGAAGAGAAGGAAAUUGGGGACGGGGGAGCAGGGGAGGGAAAUCUUUUUUUCAAUAAAACAUGCAUUGGGAUGUAAACUUUGGAGCAUCAAAGCGCUGAUGCUUCUCACUGCCUUAAAGUCCUUCUUCUGUUGCUGAAUGGCUCUCAUGGUUUAUUUCGGGGGACUCCACUGAAUAUUUGUCUCUGGUAGGUCUGCGUGUCAGGAAAUCCAGGUCAUUCUUCCCAUCCUAACAAGCAAAAAGGCACCUGGAUGUGAAUGUUCUGAUGCUGGAAACGUUCAGCAAAUGUUCAAAGACUUUCUUCUUCUGGAAAAAAUGAUGUAGAACGCAGCAAGCGUAUUUAAAAAUAUUUUUAUUAACUGUUUUGUCAUAAUCCCUUCAGAAUGCUACUGAACUGAGAUCUUAGUUAAAGUGUAACCCGAUGCAUUUUUUUGUAACAUGUCUUGUUUGGUAGAGUUUGCCAAAUUUCCUUGGCCAUUUAGGAGUUCUGGACAGGAGAAUUUACCUAAAGAGAAAUAUUGCAAAGCCCCCCCAGGUGUUUGUGUGUCCUGGGUUGUUGGUUUGCACUGUGAGCACUCGGAGCAAUGGGCAUUUCACCAGGAUGUGCUGUUCCAAGGUAAGUCCAAAUAAAAGGAACUGCUUCCUGGGGCUUUAGGCUGCAGUAAUAUGGUUUGGGAGGGCUGAGGUCUACAUCAGUGCACAUCCAGUAUGCAAUGCAGCAAAGAAUGCUGCAACUGUGAUGGAUGUUGAGUUUCUCCUCCUAAAGCUUGGGCCUUUGUUUCUGUCAGCUCCAUGAGUAACUUAAUGUUUUUGUUUGUAAUUGUACUUGUUAUGUGGUGGCAUGUUUUUACUGGUUUGCACUAUUUAAAUUUUCUUUAUAUAUAUUAAAAAAAAAAAAAAAAAAAGGAACUAUCAUUGGUUUGUAACAAUCUGCCCUACUGGAAAAGAAAACAACGCUUUAGGAAGAGGUAAACAAAGCCAGUUCCACUCAAUGAAAGAAAAUGCAUCUUGCCUAUUUGUGGAUGUCUUCUUCCUAUGGUUGAUAAAGGAAACAUAAGACUUUCUACACUGUUGACUGCUCAGCCUGGGUGUUUGUUCUGUGGCCACACACACUGUUCUGACAUGCUGUGUACAUACACUGUGUAUACAAACGUGCUGUGCUGUAUGCACACUGGAUUUAUGGUGUAAAUAUGGGCUGCUGAUGUAGGUUUUCAAGUAGUAAGCAGGAUGGAUCUUGACUAGAAGGCUCUCCUUUAUAUAUACACACUCUAGAGGUUUUUAAAUAAAGAAUUUGUAAAUUUAGCCCUAUUUACCUUUA